AUGGGGCUGAUUCGGCCAGCCAGUCAGGGCUGCAGCCGCCGGCUGCCAGCCACAGGUUCAGUCUACAGACCCUCUUCAGCAGCCUCCCUGGAGCCCUGGAGCAUUCAGGACCGAGGGCAAAAUGACUCCACCGUGGUGGAGCUGCCCACGGCGGAGAAGUCUCCGGCCAGCCUCGCCAAGUUCGCUCGGCAGAGGCAGAGGAGCAUCGGCAACUUGUUAGACAGUUACCGCAUCGGCAGCUCGCAGAGCCUUGCAGCAGACACACCGAAGGUGUGCACACCGGUGGCCAAGUCAUCGCCUCGCACGGACCUGACAAGCGGUGCCAGCGUCUUUAGCGACACAGGCCGGAGUGGGCUCCUCACCCCCAUCUCUGGAGAUGCCAUCUCAAAGGGCAGUGCCGACUCGGUGCGGAGUUGGAAGAAGGUGCCAAGGAAGUCCCGCAACACCGCGGCCUGGCCCAGCGCAGGUGGACGUCUGGACCCAGCCGCGCUGUGCCGGGACCAGCUGGCACAGGAGGCCAUCUUCAACCGGCGGAAGCUCAAGGCCAACGAGUCGGACGUCCUUUUUAAGAAGGCCAACGCUGCAAAGGCUUUGGCCAUGGACCGGCAACGCGCGGAGGAGAAUAAGAAGGAGGCCAAGGAGUCGAUCCAAGACUUCCAAGCGCGGAGGCGCCUGGAUGUGGAGAGGCAAUUGCGGCGGCUCUUCUACCCCAUCCACAACCCGCAUGAACACCUCAUGGAGUACGUCCAGAAGGUGAAUGUGGACCUCACGGGAAAGACCCGUCGCGUCAGAACCGCCAAGCAUGAGCCGAUCAUUUUCGUGGAAAUGGAGCCUAUGCAUCAGACGGAGGUGAUGUCCUUGUGCCAUCACUUCUCUUCCUUGACGCGGCCCUUUCUCCAAUCAGGAGAAGCUGACAAUGCAUCGAUUCUAACUCGGCCCGCUUUUUGCCGCAUGUUGAUCGAGCUGACCAUUGCCGAUACUGCUGGGAAUGUGAUGUACCAGAUGGCCAUUGACAUUUUUGAUUCUUUGGCAGCUCAGCACUCACUCAAGGGCUCCCCACUCACCAGCGCGACCGUCUUGGGAAUCGUCGUGGACGACCACACCGACCGGGUGCUGCAGCUCUUCGCCAUGCUGUUGGCGACGGCAUCUCGGGAGAGCAAGGGGGCCACUCCAGACGAGUUCAAGCUCCAUCUCCUGGAGUGCCUCCUGCCCAACGCGGAGCGCAAGUUCCGGCGCAGGCAGAAGCACAUCGAGUCACAGCUGGCCCAGGGCAAGGAUCUCUAUCGCCGGCCCUUGCGCGAAAAGGACAUGUUCGAGGACGAGGCGGAGGCCAUUGCUGAGCAAACACCGACUGCCUCUGCUGGCCCGGACUCGCCAAAUAUGAGCUCACCUGCGUAUAGCCGAGCUCCAACCAAGCGACUUUCUGCGGAUCCUGCCUCGCGAAUGUCCUCACGGGCGAAGCCCGACAGGGAGGAGGCCCGCAGGGAAAGUCAGAUGGACGAGGACCCCGACUUGCCAAAGUCUCCCAGGAGUAUGUGGUCAGAUGGCCUCAGUGUCUUCUCCGACGACGGGGACGAGAGGAAGGGGCAGACUGAAGAGGAUGCCCUUUAUGCUCACACGUGCAGUGUGUCCAAGGGUGAGUACCUCACCAGCAUGUUUCUGGAACCCGAGAUCAUCCAGCUGGUGUGGAUGUAUUUUGACAGCUUUGAGUAUUUGUUCAACGUUUACUUCGACACCCCGACGAACUUUUUGCUCACUCCUGCGGCCACGGAGGGGCACAUGUCCAAUGAGGCGUUUCUGCAAUUCUGCAUCGAUUUCCAACUUUUCCCGCAGAUCAUUGACUUCAACUCGUUGAACUGCUACUACCAGUCCGCUGAGAGCAUUAUCGAACUCACUCGCGAAGAGAUCAAAAAAUGUACGCACAAGGACGAGAAAGACUCGACCUUCAAGGUUGGCGACGUUGUUGAGCUUCCGGCCUUCCUGACCAAAGGCGGAAAGAAGGGCGGCAAAGUGAGGCCUGGGGAUCCGCUGAAGGUCAUUGCCGUGGACUGCUCGGACGUGGAUGCUGAAGCCGUUUUAGUGAUGACUGCGAGAUUGAAGAAGCUUUGGGUCAAGAUGGGGCAGAUCAAGAAGGCGGAGAAGAAUUUCGUGUCCGCCGACAAGGCCAGGAACACGGCCAAGGUGGCGUCCAAGGCCACCUGGAUCAACAAGAGCUUUGAGGACAUGACGGAGCUGGAGAAGAGAAGCCUCACGAUCCUGUCCUCCUUUGCAGAUUACAUGAGCACGCGGAAGGUGCGAUCGAAAGAUUUCUUCAGCAAGUUCGACGAGAGCGGGGACGGGCAAAUCGACUCCGAGGAGCUGAUGAAAGGCGGGCGAAACGACCAGAUUUGA